GCCACAAACAAAAGCACCAUGAAGCAGUUCGUCCUGAUAGCGGUCGCCCUCGUUGGACUCACCUCCGCCCAGUUCCCGAACGGUCGAACCCUGGACGCGCCGAAUCCGGGCCUUUGCGCCAACAGAAUCAUCCACGAGCGCGCACCGGACGGCAAAGGCUACUUCUUCUCUUGGCGCGAUCCGACACUCCGCGGCGUCGAGAAGGACUGGCUGGACGCGCGAAACUUCUGCCGCCAGCGCUGCAUGGACAGCGUGUCGGUCGAGACGAGCCCGGAAAAUGAGUGGAUCAAGCAGAGAAUCGUCGAUGGUCGGCAAAAAUACAUCUGGACGAGCGGUCGCCUGUGCGACUUCAAGGGCUGCGACCGGCCGGAUCUGCAGCCGACCAGCGUGAACGGAUGGUUCUGGACGGCCGAGCUGCAGAAGCUGGCCCCGACGACGGUGCGCAACCAGAACGACUGGUCGGAGGGCGGUGGCAUCGGCAAACCGCAGCCGGACAACCGCGAGCUGAUCCAGGGCGGCGCCCCCGAGAACUGCCUGGCCAUCCUGAACAACUUCUACGAAGACGGUGUCCACUGGCACGACGUGGCCUGCCAUCACGUGAAGCCGUGGGUCUGCGAGGAGAACGACGCGCUGCUUAAGUACGUCAAGUACAGCAAUCCUAACCUGCGCAUCUAA